GCUGUCCCGCGGCCGCGGCGCCGAACAGUUUGCCGACGGCCUCACGCCUCGAAUCUCAUUGGCGCCUUUGCCACAGCCCUGCCCAUGGCCACCGAUGUCCCAUUCCACGCGUGAGCAAACGAGCCUGGGCCGAGUCGCGAGCCGCUCGGGAGCGCGCCCGGAGCGCGUGCGGCGCGGGGAUUCGAACCCGGGCCACUAGGGCGGCUGGGGCUCCGCCCCGACCCUGGACCCUCCCUCCCCGCCCACCCGCUUCUGCCCGCCGCGCGCCUCCGGGACCUCAGAGCUGCGCUGGGCCUCCCUCGGGCCUCCUUGCUGCGGGUCUCGGGGACGCGGGGCCAGGCCCCAAGGUGGCCGCGCCGCUGACGGUGGGCACGGCCGCCCGGGCCCCAGCCAGGCACCAUGGACUGGAAGACACUCCAGGCCCUGCUGAGUGGCGUGAACAAGUACUCCACAGCAUUCGGGCGCAUCUGGCUGUCGGUGGUGUUCGUCUUCCGGGUGCUGGUGUACGUGGUGGCUGCAGAGCGUGUCUGGGGUGACGAGCAGAAGGACUUCGACUGCAACACCAAGCAGCCGGGCUGCACGAACGUGUGUUACGACAACUUCUUUCCCAUCUCCAACAUCCGCCUGUGGGCCCUGCAGCUCAUCUUCGUCACCUGCCCCUCGCUGCUGGUCAUCCUGCACGUGGCCUACCGGGAGGAGCGCGAGCGGAGGCACCGCCAGAAGCACGGGGACCAGUGUGCCAAGCUGUACAGCAACACGGGCAAGAAGCAUGGUGGCCUGUGGUGGACCUACCUGCUCAGCCUCGUCUUCAAGCUCAUCAUCGAGUUCCUCUUCCUCUACGUGCUGCACACGCUCUGGCACGGCUUCGGCAUGCCGCGCCUGGUGCAGUGCGCCAGCGUGGCCCCCUGCCCCAACACCGUGGACUGCUACAUCGCGCGGCCCACCGAGAAGAAGGUCUUCACCUACUUCAUGGUGGGCGCCUCCGCCGUCUGCAUCGUCCUCACCAUCUGCGAGAUCUGCUACCUCGUCUUCCACAGGGUUCUGCGAGGACUUCGAAAGAACAAACUGGCAGGGGCCCGCAGCCUCCCAUCCUCCACCAGCAGGGCCUCCACCUGCCGCUGCCACCACAAGUUGAUAGAGGCUGGAGAGCUGGGUCCCAACCCAGACAAUGCCAAGCUGCAGGCUUCGGCACCCAACCUGACCCCCGUCUGACCACACCCGAGGCAGAGCGAGAGGUGUUGCACGGUGACGAGGUCCUACAGGUGCAGGAAGCCCCCUCUUUGAACUCACUAAGCUCUCUGAUUUCUUUGGGGGCAGUUGUUUUUGGCCACUGGGUAGUGUGCUGUCCGCCUGGAUACAGCUAACGUGGAGGAGGCAGAUGUUUAAGCAAGCAAAUUAACCUAAUGUAUGCCAUGUGGCAGGGCUCCUUCCCGACCCCUGAGGGGAUGAGCAAGCCAGUCUUCCCUAAGGCAAUGGCUGAGGCGGCAGCAGCACAGCAGCCUGGGCACCCCAGGCUGGUGCACCAGACUCCCUCAGGAGAAGCCGCCAGGCUCCACAGGUGGAAAGGGCUUCUCCAGCAGAGGGAGAUCUGGGGGCCUAGCAUGGACGUGAGAAGAGGCAAGAGUUCUAGGCACCCAGGAACCCUCUUCCCUCAGGGGCAGCCUCAGGCAGCAGUCUUCUUCCCUACCCAUGUGCUCAGCCUGGUGCCCUCUGUCCCCAGAGCUCGGGUGGACGUGUCCAUAGGAACACCCACAGGCCAUUCUCCUUGAAAUCAAUAAAGCUGUGUUUUAUACAGGUUGA